AGUAAAGGCUGUAGGUCAAUCCUUGCGGGUGCUUUUAUUGGAUCUGCUGCUGUCAAGCAGUGCUAAAGAAUUGGAAGGGUAAACGCUGGGAAAAAAAAUCACGGAGGAAAAACGAGAAAACAAAAUUAAUAUAAAGAAGUAAGCCAAAAACCCACGACGGCAGUAUUUUCUACUUAUUAUUUUACUUCUCAGCUACUCUCCGGCUUUUCAUUUCAUGUGCAAUUUGAAACUUUAAAAGAAUUCCGCACAGCUUCAGGGGUUUCUUCUUUUUUUCAAGAAUACGUGCUCUAGAGGUGGUACUACUGGACAAUUUGACAGCCUUUCACAUCUUUUUCUAUUUGGAAAAAUGGUGGGCCUUUGAUACAUUGUGGUCUGGUAUGUUGCGUGUGCCUUAUUGGCGUCUUCAGAAUGUUGCAUAAAUAAAGCACGCGAGUCUGACUUAUUUUCCUUUCGCUCCGCGAAAUACAAGCCUAUAUUCUCUGACUAGAUUUUUUUUCGUUGUUGGCUAUCGAGUGGAAUGUUUGGUUGGAGUGAAACGCUUUUUAUCUGGGGACCUUUCGCGUCAAAAGCGCUGCCAGACGGAAUAUUGCAUGAAUUUAAAUAGCCUGUUGAUGGAAAUGACUUGGCGAUGAAGUGGACACGACUGUAGCGAGACUGGGUGAGAGCCCUGUGGCGGACCAAGAAGGAGAAAUAAUAACAGUAAGCCUUAAAUAACCGAGUUGCUUCAUUGGAAAGAAGAGAACAAUUUGCGUAUGUCUGGGUGGUAAAGCAUCGGAAGAAGCGAGCUAACUAUACUGAUAACAAUAAUGAUGGCAUAUAAAACAUUCGUGCAAGGAUAAAAAAUGCUUCGUGGGAGAAUGAGUGGAAUACACGCGGGGAUGGAUGCAGCUACAGUGAGGAGAGAAAUGCGAAAGCGACUGGAAUAGAUGGAUUUGUUCUGGGGAGGGGGAACCCAACGCUUGUGCGUAAUUUUAUAGUUUACUUCAUGAAAUAGACGGAAAGGAAACUGAUUUCCUGGUAGGGGGAAAAAGGAAGAUAAUAUAUUAUUCAUGCUUUGUGGAAGGGAAACGAGUGAAAGCUUAUAUCUUUGCAUAAGAAUAACCAGGAGUAUAUAAGUAUUGAUUUUGGAGCGAGAAUCUUAAAAAAAUCAGGACACUACAAAAACAGUAAACCAAGGAAAAGAAGAAGAAAAGUGAAUUUGAAGCAUGGGCUGUGCUUCAAGUAUUCACAUCACAGAUAGCAGAGUGGUCUAUCACAGUGGCAAGGAGUCCGAGGAUUCAAACUCGCCCCACCAAACCAACUCAAGUCAGUCUCCGCAGCAUCUGCAGCCGGGAAAUACAGUGCCGGGAUUAUUCAUUAAACCCUCCAACGCGUCAUCCACUUACAAGGUGAGGGGUAAUUCCUCCAAGAAAGGCAAGAAAGAGAACAGUCAGAGCAUGGCUUCAGAAACCCAAAGCUGCCGAUCCAGUGCAAAGGCAGCAAAUACAGAAGUGCAGUUUGGACCAAUGAAGCUCCAUGAAGAUCAACUUCAGGUACUUUUAGUGUUCGCCAAAGAUGACAAUCAGAGCAAUGGGUUUUGCUGGGCAUGUGAGAAGGCCGGUUACAGGUGCAACAUUGCCAGGACUCCAGAAUCUGCUUUAGAAAGUUUCUUAGAAAAGCACCACGACAUCAUAAUCAUCGAUCAUAGGCAUUCCAGAUAUUUUGAAGCAGAAGCCCUGUGUCGAUCUAUCAGAGCUGUGAAAUCAGCAGAACACACGGUAAUUGUUGCAGUAGUUCGAAGGCAGGAUCGUGAGGAUGUGUCCAUUCUGCCCCUCAUUUCAGCAGGAUUUAACCGGAGGUAUAUAGAAAAUCAUAAUGUAAUGACUUGUUUUAAUGAACUACUUCAACUGGAGCAUGGGGAAGUAAGGGCGCAGUACAAACUAAGGGCAUGCAACACUAUUUUCACAGCAUUAGAGCAAAGCCAAGAAGCCAUUGAAAUCACAAGUGAAGAUCAUGUGAUUCAGUAUGUAAACCCUGCAUUUGAAUCCUUAAUGGGUUAUCACCAAGGAGAAUUAAUAGGAAAAGACUUUACUGAAGUGCCUAAAAGUGAGAAAAAUAAAGCUGAUCUCCUGGAAACUAUUAAUUCUUGCAUAAAGAAAGGAAAGGAAUGGCAAGGAAUAUUUUAUGCCAAAAAGAAAAAUGGAGAUAGCAUACAACAAAAUGUGAAGAUUAUCCCUGUUAUUGGGCAGGGAGGAAAAAUUAGACACUAUGUGUCUAUUAAACGGCCUUUAAAUGACAAUAAUAAGGCUGAUAAAGCAAAUGAACGUGUACAAGCAGAAUCUCAAACAGAUAUCCAGUCGUGUAAGCACAAAGACAGAAGGAAAGGUUCAUUAGAUGUUCGAUCUACAACGUCACGAGGGAGUGAUGGUAGUUCACAGAGAAGGCACUCCUCCAUGGCUCGGAUACAUUCUAUGACCAUUGAAGCUCCAAUUACUAAGGUAAUCAAUAUCAUAAAUGCUGCACAAGAAAGUAGCCCGAUGCCUGUGGCAGAAGCCUUAGACCGAGUGCUGGAGAUCCUGCGAACCACUGAGCUUUAUUCUCCACAGCUGGGAACCAAAGAUGAAGAUCCACAUACAAGUGACCUUGUUGGGGGUCUUAUGUCAGAUGGAUUACGGAGAUUAUCAGGGAAUGAGUACAUCUUCGCAACAAAACAAACCCAUCACAUAGCUGGUCAUCUCAUCACUCCACUCUCACUGAAUGACAUCCCACCCCGAGUAGCACAGACUAUGGAAAAUGAAGAGUCCUGGGAUUUUGACAUUUUCAAUUUGGAAGGUGCAACUCUGAAAAGGCCAUUGGUUUACCUGGGUCUUAAAGUGUUUUCACGUUUUGGAGUCUGUGAAUUCCUGAACUGCUCUGAAGCAACACUGAGGUCCUGGCUGCAAGUGAUUGAAGCAAAUUAUCACUCCUCCAACUCCUACCACAACUCAACACAUUCUGCUGAUGUUUUGCAUGCAACGGCCUAUUUUCUGUGUAAAGAAAGGGUCAAGCAAAGUCUUGAUCAGAUUGAUGAAGUAGCUGCCCUUAUUGCUGCCACUAUCCAUGAUGUGGACCACCCUGGACGGACAAACUCCUUUCUGUGCAAUGCUGGCAGUGAGCUGGCUAUCCUCUAUAAUGACACUGCAGUGUUAGAAAGCCAUCAUGCAGCUCUAGCCUUCCAGCUUACUACAAGAGAUGACAAGUGUAAUAUUUUUAAAAACAUGGAAAGGAAUGAAUAUCGAACACUCAGGCAAGCCAUUAUCGACAUGGUUUUGGCAACUGAAAUGACAAAGCACUUUGAGCAUGUCAACAAGUUUGUAAACAGCAUUAACAAGCCUUUGGCAGCACUGGAGGAAAGUGGGGGGAAUGGAGAGGCAGAUUCCGUCAAAAGCAUAUUGACCUCUCCAGAAAACCGCAUUCUUGUCAAACGCAUGCUGAUCAAGUGUGCUGACAUCUCCAAUCCCUGCAGACCACUAGAAUUGUGUAUUGAGUGGGCAGGACGCAUUUCCGAAGAGUAUUUUGCACAGACCGAUGAAGAGAAAAGACAAGGUCUCCCUGUGGUAAUGCCUGUUUUUGACAGAAACACGUGUAGCAUUCCCAAAUCACAGAUCUCCUUCAUUGAUUAUUUUAUAACAGAUAUGUUUGAUGCUUGGGAUGCAUUUGCAGAUCUGCCAAAUUUGAUGCAACACCUGGACAACAACUUCAAGUAUUGGAAGGGACUUGACGAGAGAAAGUUACGAAGCUUGCGACCGCCACAGGAAUAGCAGGCAUGAACAACGUGUUGGUUUGGUUUUGUUUUUUUUUUUUUUUUUUUUUUUUUAAACAUAAGGAUAGACUGCCAUCGGAGCUCUCUCUUGUUCAUAACAAGACAGACUACUUUCUGCUAAAACGUCCUCGGUCCGGGUUGAACUGAAGACUUCAGAUCAGAAUUAAGCAAAUGCAAUGAAUUGUCCAAACUGUGGUUCCUGAAGUAUGUGAUAAAAGUGAAAGCAUUGCUGCUUAGCUCACCUUAACACAGGAAGGCGACUUUUCUAAAUAUUGGGCAGAAACGUCAAAGAAAGGUGACAAACUGAACACAAAGGCUUGUAUUCCGGUGGAGCUGUCAGACGGCCAAGAAAUCGGGAAGAAGAAACUGCGCAAACAGUGUUGUGUUGGGACUACUGAUGCCUUCUCCAGUAUUACCGAAGGCUGUGGCAGCACUGUUGAUAAAACGUACAUGGACAAAAAAAAAAAAAAACAGAUAAGCAAACUAAAAGCCAUGCGUCUUUGUUCCGUUCAUGUUCACACUUUUUAAGAAGAGCACACGUGUUAACUGUGACCGCGCCACUUUCAUUUUAAAGCUCUCUGUUCGGAUUUUUUCCCUCAUGGAGACGUCCUUUUAUCUUUGACUCCCUAGUUCUAUUUAUCUUAGGGCUGCCCCAGAAGUUGUUUUGGGUAAGCAGAAGGAAGGUCGUUCUAUUUAGCAAAGAAAGAAUGUUGAGCUUUUCCAAACUUAUAGUUAAAACAAAAUGUCAACUUUAUUUAUUUUCUUAGUGUUCAAAAAAAAUCACAUUUUUUACUGUAUUAACUACUGCUGAAACAAAAAGCAAGAGUCAACUAUACGAUUGAUUUCUGAACUUGUAUUCACAAGCAUACAUCUCUUGUAGUUUUUUUAUUCUUGAAAUGAGACCUUUUGAUUUGGAUGGGACGGUGCGUGGAAAAAUCCCGACCCACUAAACACCCCACAACCGUAUCACCAGCCAAGCUCACCCUUUGAGGUGCGGCACAUCUGAACCUUCAGGAGGACAAACUAACACGUGAGGCGGGUUUUCAAACUUGAAAUAUGCUUCUUCUCCCCCAAAAAUGUUUUGUACUACGGUAGAUGUCCUAAUAAAAGACUGCCUUAUUUUAUACAAUAUUUAUAUAUGUUAUACAUCCCAGAGUGUACAUGGAAAAGGAUAUUUGGAUUUUUUUUAAUCAUUUAGGAAAAAGAAGAAAAUAUUUAACGAAAUUGAACAUUUUUAUAGUUUAUGUAUUUUCCACUCAAGAGAAUAAAUAAAGAAUCUUAACGCUAGAAGUUUGUAAAAAUGUUUAACUAAAAGGUUGGAAGGGCAUUCACUCCAUAUGACUGAUACAAAAAAGUAAAUAAAUAAAAAAAUAAAGGUUUAUGUAUAUUUUCAGGGUUUACAAAAUAUAAAACUAAUGUGCUACUGUCUUACUUCAGUAUGAAUUUGCCAAAUCUGCUUGUGUCUGGGUCGGAAGGAAUGCUUGUCAUUUUUAUUUUGAAACUUGCUCUACGUUAUCCUAAACAGUGACAGUCUCCUGAAAUUUAAUUUUUUCCUCUCUUUAGUUCAACCUUUCAGAAUGUGCCUUCAUCUAAAAUAAUAAUAAUAAUAAUAAUAAUAAUAACAACCAGAAUUCAAUAAGUUAAAAGAUUAAAAAAAAAAAAAAAACUGCUUUGGAUAGGACCUCAGCAACAAAUUUACUAGGAUGUCAGAAGUGCAUUAAUGGGAACCAUUGUGCUACCAGGUCACUGCUGCACAAGACCAACAUGGUAGCUUUAGAAAUGGCUCUCAGGACGACGAGGAUUACAAGCAAACUCAGGGAUAUGUUUCAAAAAAGGAGAAGGAGUUAAAACGUUCAGACUUUUGAAGUUAGAUGGCUACCAGAAUGAUGAGGAGCAAUUUGAGAGAGAGCUUUAAAGACCUCAAGGGCUUAAAAAGGAGAUUUGUGUGGUACUUGGAGGGAUCAUUGGGAACAGAUGAAAGAUUUAGAAGGGAAAAAACAAACAAGCAUACUGUAAGAAUGUGUAACGGUGGGAUAUUUCAUCUGGAGUAGCAGCUUUUUUAUCAUGUAGACAAUCUUCUAGGCAGAAUCCGAAAGAAACCAGCCAGUUAGGUUUAAAGAAUGUGUUUUCAUGGACAGAAUGCACUUUGUUUUCAAGUUUGUGUUUUUAUUCAUUCAGUUUGCCUGGGGAAUGUGUUUCUGCAGCCACAGAUUAAAAUUCCAAAUUUUCUGUAAAAACU